GGGUGCCUGGUGCUGGAGGGGGAGUUCCGGCUCUAGGAUAUUACCCAGGAGCUGCUGGGGUUGGAGGCCUGGGAGCAGGAGGCCUAGGGGUUGGAGCUGGACUUGGGGGUGCAGGGCUCGGUGUUGGAGCAAAACCUCCCAAGCCAGGCCUCGGGGGACUCGGCACACUUGGCCUGCAGCCAGGUGGCGUAGUCCAGCCAGGUUUCUACCCAGGAGGCGUCUACCCAGGCGGCAUCUACCCAGGGGCUGGGCUGGGAGCCUAUAAAGCUGCUGCCAAAGCUGGUGCUGGUGUGGGCGGAGUGGGCGGAGUCGGCGGUGUGGGUGGACCCGGCGGUGUUGGGGUCUCCACAGGUGCUGGAGUGCCCCAGACUGGGGUGCAGCCAGGAGUAGGCGCUGGAGGGAAACCUGCCAAGGUACCAGGUAUUGGCAUUCCAGGGGUGUACCCGGGUGGCGUGCUCCCAGGAACAGGGGUCCGUUACCCUGGCAUAGGCGUCCUGCCUGGUGUGCCCACUGGGACUGGAGUCAAGGCAAAAGCCCCAGGAGGAGUAGGAGCCCUUGCAGGAAUUCCCGGAUUCGGAGGCUUCGGGGGCCAGCAGCCCGGUGUCCCUCUGGGAUAUCCCAUCAAAGCCCCCAAGCUCCCAGGUGGCUAUGGGCUGCCCUACAGCACUGGAAAGCUGCCUUAUGGGUACGGACCAGGCGGGCUAGGUGCUGGUGCUGCGGGAAAGGCAGGAUACCCCACGGGGACAGGAGUUGGAGCUCAGGUAGCAGCAGCUAAAGCAGCAGCUAAAUAUGGUGCUGGCGUCGUGCCUGGUGCUGCUGGCAUCCCCGGAGUCGGAGGUCUCGGAGGCCUGGUGCCCGGAGUUGGGGGUCUCCCUGGAGUUGCAGGUGUUCCAGGGAUUGCAGGAGCUGGAAGCCCAGCGGCGGCAGCAGCGGCAGCAGCAGCAAAAGCAGCUAAGUACGGAGCGGGUGGUGUUGGAGGCCUGGUGCCCGGUGUCGGCGGUGUCCCUGGCGUGGUGCCCGGUGUUGGCGGUGUCCCUGGCGUGGUGCCCGGUGUCGGCGGUGUCCCAGGAGUUGGAGCUAUAAGCCCGGCAGCAGCGGCAGCAGCGAAAGCAGCAGCGAAAGCAGCAGCAUAUGGGGCUGGACGCGUACCAGGUGUGGCACCCGGAGUUGGAGGCUUGGUGCCUGGCAUUGGUGGGGGUCUGGUGCCCGGCGUUGGUGGGGGUCUGGUGCCUGGUGUUGGUGGAGCCCUGGUGCCCGGCGUUGGAGGAGUCGUCAGUCCAGCAGCAGCAGCCAAAGCAGCGGCUAAAGCAGCCAAGUACGGGUUCGGUGUUGGGGGCCUGCAGCCAGGGGCUGGAGUUCCUGGCUUCGGUUUGUCUCCCAUUUACCCAGGUGGACUCGCUGGCCAGCUGGGAUACGGCGGAAAACCUCUCAAGACGUAUGGUGGGGCCCUGGGAGCCCUGGGAUACAGAGGUGGCGUGGGCUGUGCGCAAGGGAAGUACUGUGGCAGGAAGCGGAAGUAACCCAGCCAGGCUGCUACCAUUAACCUCAUGAACUUUGGUGCUACUGCAUGGUCUAGAAUGUAAACCCUGAGUAAAGCAGUGAUCCCGCCCCCCUCCCCCGCUCCCCCGCCGGCCCCCCGGAGGGAAUUCCACGGCCCCUGACACCCCCUUCGCUCCGGCCCGGGGGUCCCCACCCUCUCUCCAGCGGGAAGCACAGAACAAACUGCGGGAAACGCCGUUCCCACUGGUGCUAAAGCUCCCUGCGGGGAGAGCCGGGCAGGCCUCCGUGGGGCGGGGGCUUCUCUGGGCAGGGCAGGACAGGACCCUCCCCGGGGGCCCUGGGGGAGGAAGAGAUGGGGGCUGGUUUCCAAGAGAACAGCGAGGGGCUGGGCUCCACCUGCCGCCAGCACAUGGGCGAAUGGCCCGUCAGCAGCGCCCAGCCCCAGCACAUCCCAGCUGCUCCCAAGACUCCGUCCAGCUGGCAUUGGUGCCAUGUGCCAGGGACUUCUUAGCAGCUAGCCAGCCUUGUGUCUGUCAGCCCCCUCCAUGCCUGCCCGCCCCAGGGCCCACGCUGCAGGGUGCCACGGGAUGGGGUUCGUGGGCUCCAUGCAGGCGGGCAGGGGAAUGCCUCCUGCUCAGACACUCAUGCCAGUGGGGCCAGUAGGGGCUCGUGGGUGGGUUAAAUUCACCCAGAGUUCUUUGCGGCAGGGCCAUCUGAUUGGCUGACCCAUCCUUGCACUGGAGGACACAGCCCUCCCGGUGCGUGGGGAGGGGUUGGCACUAUCAGCAGAGCCAAGUCACUAACACUGAUGGGAUUAGCCAUGCGCCCGCCCUCACUCAGCAGUACUGUACGGGCAGCCAGCGCCAGCCCAGCCCUGCCGUGUCUCCGAGGCCCCGCUGGGACCUGCCCUUCCUCUUGCCCUGGAGGCCCGUGUGUUCCUGAGAGCUGUCGGCCGGAAGGAAUCGCACCUCUCCAUGUUACUCACUUGGUAUAGCUCGGGUGGGACAUGUUAUAAAGAGGGAAAGUAACUGCUUCCAAACGACUAAUAAACAAUGACUUCUAAAGGA